AACAUAGAGGGACUCUUCUCUUCUCCAUUACCAGAGAAGAAAUCAUCAAAACCAAACACCCUCUUCUUCUUCACUAAUCAAUCCUCUCUCACUCUUUUUUUGGAAUCAAUUCAGAAUGGAAAAUCUCACAGAAGUAGAAGAAGGAUGCCUCAAAGAAGCUUUUACUUUUGAUGUCAAUCUCCAAAGAGGGCCAAGAUAUAAAGCUUAUUCUGAGAUGCGAGAAAGAAAGAUAAGGAAAAGGAUGAUUGAUCAAACACAAGAUAAUGGUGAUAUUGAAUUUGGAUCUUCAAAGAAGCAGCUAUUGUUAUCUCCACCAUUACCAACACCACAGCAGCAACAAAGAAGGAUGAUGAAAGAAAUUAAUAAAAAUUCAUCACCGGUGGUUAAUCGAAGAUCAUCUUUGGUGGGUCAAUCAGUGCCAAAUUUCUCUGCUAUUUUAAGGAAGGAGAAUCGAAAACCAAUAUUUGAGAUGAGAACACCACCGCCGUCAUCGAAAUCAAAAGACUACUCGAAAUUGGGACUUAGUGGAGGAGGAAGUAAAUCAGCAAGUGGUGCAGAUAAACGAGGUGGUGGUGUUAUGAUGGCCAGGAAGAGUUAUGCAAAUAUCGAGGAUUUAAAAACGGUAUCAUCGCCGCCCAUUAAAAGAGAAGGUGGUGGUGCAAAAGUUGUUUCAGGUGGCGGAGUUCAUAACAACAAUCGAACAAUUCUGGGUACUUCCAGACUCUACCUACCCUGAAUUUGGUGAAAAUCUCUACUUUCUUUCACCCUUUUUGGUUUGAUUGUGUGCGGAUUUGUAUGCAGCAACUCUGGAAUUACUUUGUGUUAAAUUUCUUAAUUAAAUACAGUAA